UCCUCCGGAAGCACCAGGCCUGCAGAGCGGAGAGCGGAGACGAGAAUUCUCAAUUCUAUCGACUUUUUGUCUCUGCCUUCCGCCGCCCUCUCCUUGUACCUCUCACGCUCUCCCCACUCUCUGCCGCCCCACCUCUCUCUCUCUCUCUUUCUCUCUCACCAACCUCUUCGAACUUGCCGCUUUCGCUGGGCGCACCAGGUGGUCCGAUUGCUCCUCUAGAUCUCUCCCUCGAUCGCGCGCGCCUCUCCCACCUCCCCCCGCCGCUGCCGCGCUGCCGCAAUCUUGGAGACAACCAGGACUUAGAUGCAUUGUACUUGAUUGUUGCAAAAGCUUCAAUGGCUCCACCAUCAACGGAAAAACAACUUUCGGUUUAUCUUUACAUCCCCAAUAUUAUAGGAUAUCUUAGAAUCAUCAUUAAUUUCGUUGCUUUCGCUCUUUGCUAUUCCAAUAAGGCACUCUUUGCGAUCCUUUACAUCUUCAGCUUUUUCUGUGAUGGGUUAGAUGGCUGGUUCGCACGCAAGUUCAAUCAAGUGUCAACCUUUGGAGCUGUUUUGGACAUGGUAACUGACAGGGUCAGUACAGCUUGUUUAUUGGCUGUUCUCUCACAGCUAUACAGACCAGGAUUGAUUUUCUUGGCAUUGCUUGGAUUAGAUAUUGUAAGCCAUUGGUUUCAGAUGUAUAGUUCUUUCCUAUCAGGCAAGACUAGUCACAAGGAUGUGAAGGACAAGAGCAAUUGGCUUUUGAAGGCAUAUUAUGGACAUCGACAGUUUAUGGCCUUCUGCUGUGUGGCUUCUGAGGUUCUUUACAUUAUCCUUUAUUUCCUUGCUGAUGAGCAAUCAACGAGCGUGCUUGAUGUUUCUUUUAAUACUUUGAGACGAGGCUCAGUACUUUCUUUGCUGUUCCUGUUGACUCUGAUUGGAUGGGCACUAAAGCAAGUGAUCAACAUUAUACAGAUGAAAUCAGCUGCAGAUUCUUGUGUAUUUUAUGAUACGAAAAGAAGCAAGUGAAGGCAAUCUCGAGUAUUCAUGUACAUUUGGUUUUUUGGCUGAACAAAUAUUUGGAAGUGCUUCGAAAAAGAAUCUUGUGUCUGUCUCCGGUAUUUUCGAAUGUUGAAGGAACAGUAACUCCAGAUAUUUGCAAGAUGUGCACACAUGCUUGUGUCGAACUGUCGACGUCUUCUUUCCUGUCCAAAAUUGUAGCUCAGUGAUUUGAGGUUGUGAUCAAGGUAGUGCCGAAUAUUUGAACACUGAGAGAUAUGGGACUAUGGUCUGUCUCUUUCAGAUACACUAAAACUGAUGUAAUAUGUGAGUGCUAAUUUCCCACGGGACGGCAAUACAAUGUGAUGUUGGAAUUGCCUUGUCAGAAAUUUUUUUUCCAAGAUUUAACUAAAAAGUUUGGAGAUCCCAUUCCUUUUCUGAGCUGACUUUUUGAGAGUAAAGAACAUCAUUGUUUCUAAAGUUUUAAGUAUAAAUUGUGUGCGAUUAUCUUGUGGGGUCGUGCACAAAUAUCUUGUA